CUUAAACAGUCUCUUGCAAAGUGUCAAGGUAGCAUGAUGUCUACCUCGAGAACAGCUUCCCCGGUAGUGAGUCGUAAUUUCGGAGAUUUCUUUAGAAUCCGAGUGCUCUUUUUGCUUUUAGUUGUUGCACUUCAAUUGGCAUCGACGUCUUGUGAAACGAAGAUAUAUCGAGACGGUGCAGACAAUUUUACGUUAGAUAGUAGAAUAAUAGAAGGAAAUCUGGCCGUGGAUGGUGAUUGGCCUUGGCAUGGUGCACUGUUCGUCGGAAAUGAUUACAAGUGCGGCUGUUCGUUAAUUAGCAAGUGGUAUGUUCUUACGGCUGGCCAUUGUCUGUUCAAUCCAGAUACGGGUUACAAGUUCGACACUGGAAAGCUCCGGAUUGUGCUGGGCGUGCUGAUCCUGGAUCAACGCCAUACGCAUGGUCAAGAAUUCCAGGUGAAAGAGAUCAAUGUUUAUCCCGAGUUUACUGCCGAAAGCCAUAGGCACGAUCUUGCGCUAUUGCUGUUAAGUGAGGCCGUGGUGUUUAGUGAGAAGAUUCGGCCCAUUGAAGUAGAUGACAGCGAGUCAUCGUUUAUCGAAAAAUUGGCUGGUAGUUAUGGAACGGUGGUAGGAUGGGGAUUCACCGAGGAGGCCAAAGUUUCCAAUCAGCUUAUGGUGACGCAGAUGCUCAUUGCUCGCUACUUAGAUUGCGUUGAAUCCAAACCGUAUUUGUUUGGGCAGCUCAUACACACUGGGAUGUACUGCGCGCGAGCUGAGAACGGAACGAAUGUUUGCAACGGAGACAGUGGUGGUGGAAUGUAUGUUUUCAAACAGAACAGCUGGUAUUUGCGAGGCAUCGUCUCAUUUGCGACAGUACAAGAUGGGACAAACCUAUGCGAUGUGUACAGCUAUGCCGGCUUUACAAACGUGCCGCACUAUGUGGAUUGGAUUCGAAGUCAAUUGCAAGAGCAUCAGCGGAAGAUGCAGGAAGAUUCUGAGCAUAAAGAUAUUAGUGAUGAAGCUAUUGCAAUAAGAUCAGAAAAAGAUACACCUACUACAACAACAACGCAACCAACCAGCACAACGACUAUUCAUUCACACCCACCACUGGAGUCGCAACCUAUCCGCGUCACACCUUCAGAGCACGACAAAAUCGUACGCGUUGAGUACAAUUCCACUAUUUCACUUGUGUGCAAUCAUGGCUCCGAAGGCACUAAUGGUGAACUGCGGAGAUCCACCCGUUGGUUUCGCGAGACCAAGCAUCUCCAUGAAAUCGAUCUAUCCAGUGAAAUUGGCUUUACCGAGUCGGGUGUACACGAUAACUUAACACUGCGGCAGGUGGAGGCCAGCCAUUCAGGAAGAUAUUAUUGUAGAUCGGAGUCUUCGUCAGCUAACGUGACCGACCGAAGGAUCGUUUCCGUUUUGGGAGCAGUGCCACGGUUCGAUCCGGUUGCUGGUAGUCCUGCCUACAUGAAGUAUGAAGUUUUCCUGAAUCAGCAAUACUUUAGCUUGCAGGUGACGUUUAAGGCGGAUCGUGAAGAGGGUGUUCUGUUCUACCGAAGUGAUGAAUUGGAUCACCAGAUAAUGAUGUUGGCGCUAGUGAAUGGAACGAUGGAUUUGGGCUUACUGACAGAGAGCAAAGUAAUUCGAAAGAUUGAUUCUAAAAUGCAUAGGAUAAGUAUAGACCAAUGGCAUACAGUCAAUGUCAAGUGUUAUCUGGGUCGGUGUUAUUUCGCACUGGAUGGCAAAAUGCUAGCACUAUUCUACGAGAACUUGUUUGUAACAAAUAGCAGGAGUGAAUGUAUCUACCUCGGUGGCAUUCCAGGACGUAACGAGAGCGGGUUUACCGGGUGUAUCAGCCAAAUGGUUUUGAACGAUUAUCCGAUAAAUCUCCGGAAAGAAGCUGUCCGUUCAGAACGGGUUUCAAAGUGUAAUCACUGUACGGUGAACACCUGCCAGAAUGGAGGCGUUUGCGUGGAAACGAUGGACAGAGAUGCGUUCCGCUGUUUGUGUCCUGAUGGUUUCACGGGACGGUACUGUUCCAAUAGCGGAGAACGAUGCCUUGCAAUGUCCUGCGUGGAAUCAUUGUGUAAAGAUUUUGAAAAUGGCUUCCGAUGUGCUUGUUCACCAACCAGAACUGGAAGACGUUGCGAAGAGAUGAACAACCUCAAUGGGCGGGCGAUAUCCUUCCGAUCAUUUGGAUAUGCGAAAUACUCGAUCGAUCUCAAGAGAAACUUCAACAUGCAGUUAACAUUUUUACCGAGAAACGUUACCACCGGAUUGGUGGCAGAGCUGCGAGCAGAUAUCCGUGGAACUGGAAACUUCGCGGCACUAAUCCUGGACAAAGGAGCAAUGGAGCUGCGUUUUACCCUUGGUCUCGAUGUCACCGUAUUCACAAUCAGAUCAUCCGUAUCGAUAAGCCCUAAAUUAUGGUACACCGUUAAGGCAGGUUACCAAGAUAAGCUCGUUUAUUUGACAGUCAACGACGAAACGGAUCAGUCAAAAAGCGUUCCCGAUAACUUUUUCAAACAGAAAAAUGAUCACAAAUUAUAUCUUGGUGGGGUAGAUGACUGCCUGGUAUGGAAUCAGUGUUCAGAAAGCUCUUCUGACUUCGAUGGUUGCAUAAAAGAGGUCACUGUGUCCGGCCAUGCAAUUGAUCUGGCGAGAAGUUUUAUCGACGCCAGGAAUGUAGAAAACUGUCGAAUAAAUGAACCAUAACUCUAA